GAAGUUAUGGAACAACAAACAAUUUCAAUUACAAAAUCUCAAAAUAAAUUCUCCCUUAAAACUAAACCAUCAAUUAUAGCUAUUGGUAAUCCAAAAAAAGAAAAAUAUGAUAAUUUAUUUUCUUUGGAAGAAAAUAUUGAUUUAUCAAGUGAGUUCGUAUCAAGAUUUGAUAUUAUAAACAUAGUUAAAGAUAAAUAUACGGUACAACAUAAUCGUCAAAUGGCAAAUAAAAUAGUUUCAUCGCAU